AAAUCCGUUUUUUUUUAUAGUAUUUCACCCAUAGUUUUGGUGAGCCAUUGAAAUGUCAGACUUCAAGGCGUAGAUUAUAUAACUCUUUUUUUUUACUUUUUUUUUUUUUUUUUAAUUAUGCCUAAACAUAAACCAAAAAGCAAGAUCAGCAAUAUAAAGCGUAGAAAGAUUGAAAAAAAGAACAGAUCUCGGGAUAAUGCGUUUGGAUUCAUAAAGACAAAAAAAGUGAAAGAAUACGAAGGGUUUAUGUCUGAUGAAGAAAGCGAUACCAAUCCACCACCUCAUCAUGAUCAAGAAGGUAAGAUGACUAGACAUGCUUUAUUUAUUCUUCUUUAGUGAUUGUGGUAUCCAAGGAUACGUUUGCUCAUCAACCUAAACCCAAGUCAUUCCAUCAACUCUCUCAAGUGUCCAUGACAAACUUAGUAUCUUCUAUCGAUACUUCACUGAAUGAACCUGAUGUUGGUUUCUUUAUCGAUACUACACCUACUAAACCAAAACGAUCAAAAAAGAUACUUAAGGACGACUCUAUUUAUAUUGAAAGUGAUGAUGAUGAUGAUGAUGGGAUAUCUAUCAGUAGUAGUGAAGAUAUUGACAUAUUACAAGCCUUAUCGCAUUGGGGAUCCAAUACUGAUUUACAGUUUGACCAGUCUGUCAAGGUUAAGGGUCGAUCCGAUAGAGAUGAUAUUGCCUUGUUACAAAAUACAUUUAUGGAAGAUAUCUGUGAAUCUUCUGAAGAACAAGAAGAAAAAGACAUAGACAUGAUAGAAGAUGAUAUAGAUAAUGUACCAGAUAGUUUAAAGCAUAGUUAUCGAAUCAUGGUCAAACAAGAAAUAUCAGAAUGGAAAAGACAACACACUCAAAGAAGAAAAAGACUGAUAUUACAUGACUUUAUAGACCAAGAUCAAGUACAAACUUAUUCACUUGGUCAUUUGACUCAUCAUGGUCGUACUAUGAUUGUACCUAUCCUAGCCAAACUAUUUCAAUUGGAAGUCACACCUAUGGACACCAGUCAAAAACAUAUUAUGUUGACCAAGACCGUCCAUACAUCUAUACCUUCCUUUUAUACAGAAUCCACACACAAAAAGAAAAAGACAAGACAGAAAAAAGAAUGGCAUGCCCCUAUUCCAUCUUCUAAUAUUGGUCAUCGUAUGCUAUCUGCUAUGGGAUGGAAAGAAGGUGAAGGUAUCAAUAAAGACGGGAUUAAGGAACCUGUCAAAGUGUUUAUGAGAGCCAAUAGAAAAGGAUUGGGUGCAUCAUAAUCAUUCUCUUGUCUUCUGUUGCACAUAAACCGGUAAAUAAUUCUAGUGUAUAAAGAUCAGAUUUUUGGUGUAAAAAUCCUGAUGAUAUGUUGUUUAAGGUACAUUUUGUGCAACCCCACUUUAAGAGAUGGGAUUUUUUAAACUUUGAAUGACGUCGUCUUUUAUAAAAUAAAAAUUUAUAUAUAUCAUGG